UUUGAGUCACAUUUCGAGCAUUCAACAGGACGAAUGCUCAAUUCAAACUUGAUACACCCGUGAUCAUACAAACAGCUGCGUUCAUCUGCUAUGACUGUAUGACCUGAAUUUGCAUUUUCAUUUUUAAUGCAGUCAGAAAAUGGAUGGCAGUCUGGUAAGGGAUUAUUCACCAUCGAUGGCUUUGCUUCUAGCCAAAACGCAUGCUUUAUUCCUACUGCAUUACUGCUUCACCUUUAGUCUAGGGGUCGGGUGCAGUGCUGCAUUGGAGUUGGUGGUGGGCUACGCUGGGGACCAAGUAACGCUGCACUGCAAGUACAGCGUUGAAACGCACGGUGUUGCCAGCGCGUGCUGGGGACGGGGCUCGGUGCCGCUGUUUAAAUGCCGGGACACCAUCGUCUCCACCGAUGGAGCUAAAGUGACUUUUAGGACAUCGGCGAGGUAUCAGUUACGGAACGGAAUGGAGGGAGGCGAUGUCUCCCUCACCAUCGUCAACAUCACAGAGCAAGACUCGGGGAAUUAUGGAUGCCGCGUGGAAAUACCUGGGCUGUUCAACGACGAAAAAUACAACUUCCAUUUGCUGGUCAGCGAUGGGAACAGGGAAACUGCAGCUGUCACUACAGAGGGAAUCAUUGUAGUGCCUGCUAGAGUCCAGACUGAGCAAGGAGGUGGCAUCUUCACAGGAAACAUGAUACGGAUUAUGGCAAUAAUAGUCAUUUCAGCAUUAAUCCUCUGCAUUAUUACAGGUUCAAAGUUUUCCAAGAGAUGCCAGUUCAGCAGAGACACACAGGAAGAUGCAGUGCCCACUGUGUGACGCAAAUAACCACCGAUCCCCGGCUAGGAAAGCAGUUAUGGAAGGCGACCAAGACUGAAACAAAUAAAUGAAGAAGUGCAUGUACUGGAGGAUAGCAAUGCGAAGGGAAAGUCCCUUCCUGCUCGCAUUCAGACAGACGGAAUGGUUCUCAAAGAGUAUCGUAUCAGUGACAGCUGCUACGACACGCAUGCAAAAUGUGUGAUCUUUUCUGACGCUCACAGACUGCUGUAACAAUAAAGGAAGUGCUCAUCAUGAUUCUCCCCUUACGGGUCACAGAGGAAGUAGAGUCCCUCUCACCAAUUAAAAUGGACCAAUGAGAGUCUUUUAAAUGAAACUGGCGAUUCAUGACACCAUUCAUGUGAGUCUGGCUUCAGAAAACGUACUGUGCUCCUCCUUUGUGAAUGCCGGGCUUUCCAAUUCCAGGAGGGGAAAUCAGUGACACCCAGUAAAGGCAGUGAUUACCGGACAUGCCUGACCCCCAGUGACACCCAGUAAAGGCAGUGAUUAUGGGACAUGCCCGACCCCCAGUGACACCCAGUAAAGGCAGUGUUUACGGGUCAUGCCCGACCCCCAAAAGCCCUGUGGCUGGCCUGCAGCUCCAUGGAGUGUCUCCUGUGUUGCGGGGGGGCGUGCAGAGACCCGGCUCGGAACGAUCUCCUUCCCACUCUGAGUUUUCAGGAAAUGGUUUCAGCUGUCUAAGGUCCAUCUCCUGACAGUCAUGCUAGCAGACAGUGUCGGCACACGGCAGUACAGCCACACUGGAGCACGCAUACAGGUGGGGGGGGGCACGUGAAAUGACCCUCCAUGUACCAAAGAGGGAGGAAACGCUGCUGUGUCGCAAUGCGGAGAGGAAGUCCGAGGCGGGCAGAUCCCCUACAGACCACAUCCUGUAACCCUCUGCUAAGGCCUUGCUGACUCUGAUCAGGGAGAAAAUGCACUGAUAACGUACCUGUACACACACUCUAACAUGACAUGUAACACACAGUACAACAUAACACACAGUGUAAUAUGUGUAAUAUAAUAACACACAGUGUAAUAUAACACACCGUCUCGCAUAACAUACAACCCUGAGUUUGACGUAACAAUGUCUAAAAUAACAUAACAUAGUCUAAUAUGACAUAAGUCCACCAGAGGCACAGAUGGCGGUGGGGAAGGGGGGACAGUUAUAUACCCCCCCCCCACUUUUGGGAGAAAAAAAGUAGCAUCCCUAAAUACAGUGUCGUUGGACUUGUACAGAUUCAGAAUCAUUCAACUGUCAACCAUCACAUACUACUGACAGCAUGUAGAUACUGCAGUUAGGAGUCCACACACACACACACACACACACACUCCCACACUCACUUUAUCUCCAUUUGUAGGUCGGCAAAGGUCACGCAUUCCUGUUAGCUUACAAAUAACUUCAAAAUUUUCCACUUCCACAAUGACCUACUAAUUUAACAAAGGAUAAAUAACUCAAAUACUGAUGUUACUUUCUAAAAUAUUUUAUUCAAAAGCAUCUGUACUUCAUGUAACUCCGCUGAUGUAUCUUUGUUUUUCAGUAAAAAGAUAAAAACAAAA